UUGACGAAUCAAAUUACAACCCAUAUGAGCGGAGCCCUCGCUUCUCAGGCAGACCUGGUGUCUCCAGCUGAUGAUUUGUCCCUGUCUGAAGGUACUUCUGGAUCGAGCUGUGUGACAGCCGCACUAGGAAACACCUGGAGUCACAGUGUGAACACCCGACUGAUUCUCCAGUACCUUGAUUCAGAGAGAAGACAGAUUCUCAUUGCUAAGUCCCCACUGGCUCCCUUCACCUCAUUUAUCUACACCAUCAAGGAGGAAGGUCUGGUUCUUCAAGGCCAACAGAGGCCAUAGGUAUACUGUGACCUUUGUCUAGAGCUGAUGGGGGCGUGAUUCGUGAAAUGAAACAGGACUGUGCUGCUUGGAAGAAGGAAACGGAAGCCAACAUAAUGGGGAUUAAUUAGUUGAUUGCUGUUGAGAUGGUAACAGAUUUACUCCUAGACCAUGGAGCCAGUGAUUUCAGACCUAGCAGGGAAGGUGAAGAUGAAGAAGCCAUUGUUUGGGUCUCUAGAUGUGUAGGGCUGAGGGCUUUGCCUCCAUGGGAUGUCAACAGCCAUAACAAUAAUAAUUUGCACUUAUAUAGCACCUUUCAACCAGGCACCACAAAGCGGUUUAACCACAUUAAUUAAUUAAAGCCCACAAUCCCCCUGGGGAGAGGAGGAGGAUGACUAAUAAGAUUUGUGAUUACAAGAGGGAACAUUUCCGAAUAAAGUAUUGUCCACCAAAUAAAAAGAGUAGGUGUAAAGGAAUCGGGAUCUCCAAAGAGUAACUGAUUCAGAAAUGAAAUCAUGGAAUGACAGGAGGAGACCCGGGUGGGCAUGGACGUGGGGGUCUGCUCUUGUGUCAGAGGGAGGUCGAUGGCCUCAGAAUUCACUGACAGGUUCAGAUCCAACUGAGAAGCGGAGCAUGUAUGGUAUUAGUGGCAUUUGGAAGGUCAUUAGUGGCGUAACUAUUGUAGUGUAAAUCCAAGUUUCACUGGUAUAUUGUGUAUAGCCCUGCAGAACAAAGAGUGAGAUUCAUGCAGUAUUUAAUCAAGGAUGAAAUGAUUUCUUUAGAUUUAAAGCCCAAAGCUGGGCCAGUUAAUUAGCAAAUAAAUCAACUAGUGACCCAUAGGAUAAUUUAGUCGUUUCCAGUAGAACGCCCAGCCUACUUGCUCCCACUACCAUGAGGCUUCUGACUGAAGUAUCAGGCUGGGUUUAAUGCAAGGUCUGGGGGCUUCAGCCCCUUCAAAGUCAGGCAUUCAAUCUUCCCAGCCUUUAGGACCCCUCUUACCCAAGUUGUUAGUGACCCCAAGCUGUCCUACAUAAAAUCACUUUGUACCUACUCCCCCUUCCACAAUUUUACAUGCCUUGGGGCUAGAAUCAAGUCUUAUCCCAUUCCGUGUCUCCUAUCAAUGCCCAACAGAAGGCUGCUUAUUUUUGUACCCUCUUGAGGACAUCUCUUUCAUCUAUAGUUAAGUCAUCAAAGGCUUAUUGGUUUUGGUUUUGAGUCACUUAAUAGGUACCUUUGGCUUAAAAGAAGAAAAAGGUAAAUAAACAUAUAUGCUUUUUCUUGUUAA